AUGAUUUCCUACCGAAGCUCAGGUCUAUUUACCGUCAUAGUAUUCUUUGCAAUACUACUCUUGAUACUCUCUAGUACCCCAGAUCCUGCAAAACUGACAGCAAGUAUUGAGAACUCUGCUGGCCAACUUGCAGAGUAUGUCCCUAACCCGAAGCUCCCAAAAUUUGAUGAUUUUAAAUUCCACCUCCUGCCCCCCACCGCCCAUAAGCCUCCCGAAGAGAAAAACAGCACUGGUGGUGGCUCCAAGUGGUAUAGCAAUUGGCAGUGGCGCAAUCCCUUCUCCUCCUCGAUCACAUUAGAUGAAAACCGAUCUGUACUCCCUCCGUUACGCCUGCGCCCGCCCAUAUAUACGUACUACGAUUCGACGUCGAAGAAAGAUAAAGAUGUCAUAGAGGCCGAUAAGGGCUUGCUUCUUGCCUGGAGGAGGGCAUGGUUUGCACAGGGAUUCCGUCCUGUGAUACUUGGACCGCAAGAUGCGAUGAAGAACCAAUUAUAUAAAGUCUUCAAUACAAAAGGCUUGGACGAACACCUUGUAGUAGAAUUCAUGGCAUGGUUGGCGUGGAGUCGCAUGGGAAAUGGAAUCCUUGCAGACUGGAAAUGUUUCCCGAUGGCCCAUUACGACGAUACUUUUCUUUCAUACCUACGGCGAGGUUCUAUGCCUGAGAAAAUAAUACGGGUAGAAGGUCUGGGAUCGGCUCUCUUCUCUGGAGAGAAGACUCACAUUAUUGAAGCUACCAAACAGGUGGCUGAUAAUCUAAAGAUAAAAGAGGCGAAGAGUAUAAUCGAGCUUCUCGGUGAAGAUACGUUCAAGGUCGAGAAGACAGCGGCCCUUGCGCAUUACAAUUCGACUACUAUCACCUCAAAAUAUCCGUCAGUCGCAGAAAGGCUAGAUAAAUCGCCAUCACAAGGUCGCUCUGCACUUGUUGAUCUCAUCAACACCCACUUACAGAUCAGCUUCCAGAGCGAAUUUAGUUCUGGAUUAUCAGUGCUCAAACCAUUUCCGGACUAUACGUCGGCUUUGGUUAGCCCUGGCGUCCGACUUGCUACAUUAUUGUCGGAGUGUUUGCCGAUACAAAUGCCACCAUCCUGCCCACCUAACAAUCCUAAAUGUCAAUUGUGCAACGAAGCCAGUCGAAUGAAAAUAUCCCAGCCCGAUGGAUACAAAAACGACUCGGCCCUUUUCACUAUUGGAAUCCUUCCUCACCCAUAUACUCUUGUCACAUUAAAAAAGGGCGACAACAAUAUUACAAUCACGUAUAUUCGGCGCGAGACGAAACGUGAUCCUUGGCUUAUCGCCGCUACGAAGCAUUAUCUCGGCACAGAACGCGACAGCACAUCAAGGGUGAGUGCUUUUAAGGACGUUGUUGCGGGGGACCACGGCUUGUCUCGUGGAAUUUGGUUCACAGUUGAGACACUUCCAGCAAAGAGCGAGGAGGAAAGCUUACCCUUAAGCGUGCUGGAUGACCUGGACUGGCAUUUCGGGUUUAAAGUCCCCCGGAAAACACGAUCAGAAAGAGCAAAAGAGGCGACCGCGUCGAAGCAAAAGUCCCAACGCAACCUGCCUGCCGAAGCACCUGUCGCGGAGAAAAAGAGCAAACUAGGCAAGGAGAACGAGCUGAUUGAAACGGCGCGGGAGUUAUUAAAAAAUGACCCUAAAGACAUCCAUAUUAAGGCGGUCACUGAAGCAUGGAAUCUUGCUGAUACCGAAGUUUGGAGGUUUGUGCGGGCGUAUAGAGCCCGGAGCGUUGUAGAACGACAGGCAUGGGAGGAAGAGGAAAAGGGGUUUGCUGGCUCAUAG